UUUUCUUUGGACUUUGUAAGUAUAUGACGCGUAUGGCCUCUUCUCAAAUCAAGAUUCAAUUUUUAUUGGCUUCUUUAUCUUUAUUUGUUUUCUUGGUUUUUUUAAAAGAAACCCAUAAUUUUCAAUGCAACUGCAAGCCAUUUAAUUUGGACCCCAUGCAUUUAAAAUCCCCUCAACUUUUUCUUUACACCUAGCUAUCCCCAUUUUGUUCUGCAAAAAUCUCACAAUCACAACAAUCUAAUAAACAGGGCAAACUCUAUUCUGAACUGUUUAAGGAAAGUAGUUCAAGGGAAGAAGAAUAGGGAGCCAAAAAAUGUUUCUUCUUUCGUGAAAGCAGUUAAAGCUAACCAAUUUCAAGUACAACACGAGAGUACGAAGUAUAUGCUUGAGAUUUGUUUCUUUCUACUUUUGUUAUCUUUUAAAGUUAGAUUCUUUUGAAAUGGAAAUCGAGGCGGCGGGUCGUGGUGGCGGAUCGGGCGGUGAUUUGGAAAGGGGACCACGGGUUAACAAUGGCGAGGCCCAUUUGGUGUGGGAGGAUUUGAUGGUGGUGCUGCCCAAUUUCGGGCAGGGCCCAACAAGGAAGCUUCUCCAUGGGCUUCAUGGGUUUGCUGAGCCGGGUCGGAUCAUGGCGAUUAUGGGCCCUUCGGGUUCUGGCAAAUCCACACUUCUCGAUGCCUUAGCGGGUAGACUGUCGACGAAUAUUGUCAUGACCGGAAAUAUUCUUCUCAAUGGGAAAAAGCGGCGCAUGGACUAUGGUGUGGUUGCUUACGUGACCCAAGAGGACGUACUAUUAGGCACCCUCACAGUCAGAGAAACUCUUACAUUCUCGGCCAAACUCAGACUUCCAUCCUCAAUGUCCAAAGACGAGGUUAAAGGCGUUGUGGAAGGUACAAUAAUGGAAAUGGGCCUUCAAGAUUGUGCGGAUCGUCAGAUAGGAAACUGGCAGAUGAGGGGAAUAAGUGGGGGAGAAAAGAAAAGGCUGAGCAUUGCACUAGAAAUCCUCAUCAGGCCCCGCUUACUCUUUCUGGACGAGCCCACUAGCGGCCUAGAUAGUGCUGCAGCCUUUUUCGUGAUCCAGUCCAUUAAAAACUUGGCCCGUGAUGGAAGGACUGUGAUCUCAUCUGUCCACCAGCCCAGCAGUGAGGUUUUUGCUCUGUUUGAUGAUCUUUAUUUGUUAUCAGGUGGCGAAACAGUUUACUUUGGCGAAGCUAAGAUGGCAACUAAGUUUUUUGCUGAAUCGGGAUUCCCAUGUCCGAGCAGGAGAAACCCUUCGGAUCAUUUCCUGCGGUGCAUUAACUCGGAUUUCGAUAUAGUGACAGCCACAUUGAAAGGCUCGCUAAGGCUUCGUGAGACUGAAAAAACUUCUGAUCCCCUAAUGAAUCUAGCAACAGCAGAUAUCAAAUCAAUCCUUGUCGAAAAAUAUAAGCAAUCGGCAUACGCGAAAAGAGCGAAAUUGAGAUCGCGGGAAGUUUCCGUUAAUCAAGAACUGGAGCUUGAAUCGGUAAAAGGAAGCCAAGCUAGGUGGUGGAAGCAGCUUUCGACACUGACACACAGAUCGUUCCUAAAUAUGUCCCGAGAUGUGGGCUAUUAUUGGUCCCGAAUAGUCAUAUACACAAUUGUUGCUAUAUGUGUUGGGAGUUUAUUCUAUGAUGUGGGCACGAGUUAUACCGCCAUAUUAGCCAGGGGAGCUUGUGGCGGCUUUGUCACGGGCUUCAUGACUUUUAUGUCCAUUGGUGGGUUUCCCUCAUUCAUUGAAGAAAUGAAGGUGUUUUAUAGGGAAAGGCUUAACGGUUACUAUGGGGUGGCCGUGUUCAUACUGUCGAACUUCUUGUCUUCUUUUCCCUUUUUGGUUGCUGUCUCGGUUGUGACCGGGACUAUCACGUUUUACAUGGUGAAGUUUCGUUCGGGAUUUUCGCAUUACGCCUUCUUUUGCCUUAACAUUUUCGGGUGCAUUGCUAUGGUGGAGAGCGUGAUGAUGAUUGUGGCUUCUUUGGUUCCUAAUUUCUUGAUGGGGAUCAUAGCUGGCGCUGGUGUUCUCGGGAUUAUGAUGAUGACAGCUGGCUUUUUCCGGUUGUUGCCGGAUCUUCCCAAGCCCGUCUGGCGCUAUCCGAUUUCGUUCAUUGGGUAUGGUGCAUGGUCAUUGCAGGGAGCAUACAAGAAUGACAUGAUUGGGAUGGUUUUCGAGCCUCUAAUCCCUGGCGACCCAAAAAUCAAGGGAGAGGAUGUGAUAAAGAACGUGUUCCGAAUAUCGUUAGAUCACUCCAAGUGGUGGGACCUAUUCGCACUCUUUGCUCUGAUAGUUUGCUACAGAUUCAUCUUCUUCAUAAUUCUAAAGGUGAAAGAGCGAACCUCCCCAUUUUUCCAGUCCCUUUACGCGAAGAGGGCCGUUCACCAGUUCAAAAAGCGGCCCUCCUUUAAGAAAAAGCCGUCUUAUAAUGGCUCAUCAAAAAGGCACCAUAAUCUCCAUCCCUUGUCUUCUCAGGAAGGUCUGAAUUCGCCAAUUCCCUAAGGCAACAAGAAAACCGCGAAAUUUGAUACUUUCUUUUAUUCUUUCGUUCUGUCAUUUGGCGCGACACUACUACUAAUUUAAUGGUUGUGGAGCAAUUUUAAUGUAAUAAAAUGCGACUCUUUGAAGAAAAGAAAAAGGGUAGCAGUUAGCACUCUCAAAGAGUUUAUUCUUUCUUGUUUUUGUUUGUUUUGUUUGUCAAACUAGCCAAUAAAGAGAACUUGUUCAUCUUUUUAUUGUCCAGAAAUCUCCAUGUUGUGUUGAAUGGAACUUGUUUUAUGAUUCUAGUGAAGGCUUUUGGUAUGUAUAUUGAACUUUGGUAGAUAGCCAAUGCACGCAUUAAUAUAUGUGGUCCAGUGUUCUUAUU